CUCAAAAAAUAACUUCAACAGUUCAUCUUCUCAAGUUUCAACACCAUCACUAUUCACUAGUCUUCGAUCGUUGUUCCGAACAACACUGGAACUCUCGAAUUUCUCUGCUAAAUCCCAAAUUCGCCGCUUAAUUUGCUCGUUAACAACAGAAUCGGGCUAUCGGUAUCGGCUUUCCGAUAUUUUUUCUGAUUUCGCCGCUUGUUAGUUUGAUGCCGAAGAUUAACCUUCAAGUGGAUAGAGGAGAGAGAAAGUCGCAUGAUGGCCCGAGUACGCAUUUCAGGAAGAAAAAGAAACCAGAGAAGAUACGGAUAGUGAAGAAAAUAGCUGGUUUGAGAUCUGUUGUUGGUGAUAACGUGGCGGAUAAUGUAGAUACGGCGAGAUCAAUUGCAACUCCAAAUUUGAUCGUUCUCCAAUCCGCCAUGGAAACUCAAAUUUGGAGCUCAGAGCUCGCAAAUUGCAGUAACUACAAUUGCACUGAGAAGGCGUGGCAUUUGGUCUCCGUUCUUCUAUCACUCGGAAAACCGGUUUCUCCACACGAACUUGCCGCAAAAUGUUCGUUGUUCCGAACUACGCCGGACUUCAUCGUGUUUCUCUGCUCUAUCCCUAAUUCGCCGCUUAACUUGAUUGCGAACAAAUUCGUUGGGCUAUCAAUGUCGGUUUUACGAUCUUUUGGUGAGUUCUUCGCCAGUUCAAUGCCAAAGAUUGAACUCCGCGGCGGAGAGAGAAUAUUGCGCUGUAGCGAUAUGACGAGAACAUAUUUCAGGAAGAGGAAGAAACUAGACAAUGAAAUGAUGCUUGUAGUGAAGAAAAGAGCGGUUUUGAGAUCUAUUGACGAAAAUGUGCCGGUUAUGGAGAGCUCAGGUGUAACUCCGACAUUAGUAAGCGGUUGUUUUGAGGGAGUUGAUCUACAAAGUGCUUAUCCCAGCACAUCCUCUAAUGCAAUACCGUUUAACAGAUUUCCCCAAUCAAUUAAUCCACUAAUUAUCAGUGACAUGGUUGCCACCCCAUCUAUGGUGAAUUCUAGUGUCAGGCUGUUGGAGCAUCAAUUAAAUAUUGAUAAUCAGGAAAAUGGAUAUGGGCAAAACACAUCUGUAGUCAAUGACACGAAUAAAUGUGAAGCAAUGGUAGAGCGUAUGGAUAUUUCUUAUGCCAAAGAGUUACUAUUAGAUUUGCUUCACUAUAAUCCAGAUGUGUCCGAGGCUUCUCUAAGAGAGAAAGUAGCAGAAUUUUCAGCUGUGAUGCAUGGAACUGAUCAUGAAUUAACAAAUAGAGAGUGUAGAACUACAGAUGUUCCUUUCUGUGUGGAGCUUAAUCAGCAUGAUAAAAACUCACCUGUGAAACCUACAGCUAGUAUAGAUGCUGCAAAAGACAUCAGACACAGUCCAACGCGUGUAACAAAAAUAUUGGACUUGAAUGAACAACCAUUGAUUGAUGAUGAUGGUCCCGAGGGAAGAAUCGAGAAUAUUACGUUUGGAUCUGGUACUGGGGUUUUAUCUUCAGUGGACUUACAACAGACAAACAUGGAAAUUAUUGUUAGGGAUGCUACUUUGAAAGAGGAGCCAACAAAUAUCAAAUCUACAAGUCUGCCUUUGGUUUCUGAUGGCCCUGAGGGAAGAAUUGAGAAUAUUACAUUUGGAUCUUGUACUGGGGUUUUACCUUCAGUUGACUUACAGCAGACCAACAUGGAAAUUAUUAGUACGGCAUCUACUUUGAAAGAGGAGCCAACAAAUAUCAAAUCUACAAGUCUGCCUUUGGUUUCUGAUGGUCCACAGUUUAGUGCUCAGAAGCCAGAUACAAAAUCUUUAGUGCUGAAAAAUGUUUCUCAGGAUGGGCUGACACAACAACAAACUCCGUCCAAGUUAAUGCGUCAUAAUAAAGUUGACAAUAUUACGUUUGGAUCUGGUACUGGGGUUUUAUCUUCAGUAGACUUACAGCAGACGAACAAGGAAAUCAUUGGUAAGGCAUCUACUUUGAAAGAGGAGCCAACAAAUAUCAAAUCUACAAGUCUGCCUUUGGUUUCUGAUGGUCCACAGCUUAGUGUUCAGAAGUCAGAUACAAAAUCUUUAGUGCUUAAAAAUGUUUCUCAGGAUGGGCGGACGCAAAAACAACAAACUCUGUCCAAGUUAAUGCGUCAUAACAAAGUUGAUAAUAUCCAUAAAGAACGGAAAGGCCAAGGCCAAAAUCAUCGGAUGAUUAUGGCCAUGAUGGAGAAACCCAAACCCAUUGCUAAGAAUGAUGCACCAAUCCAGAAAACAUGUGAUGAUGUUCACAAGUCUGCCAAGGAUAAACACAAGUCAAAAUUUCCAGAAUUUGAGCUUUACACAGUGGAAGAGGAAGAAGGGUCAGGUGGUUAUGGCACUGUUUAUAGAGCAAGGAGAAAUGCCGAUGGAUUAAAAUUUGCCGUAAAAUGUCCUCAUGAAAAUGCUCAUAAACAGCACCUCAAGAAUGAGCUUAAGAUGCUUGAACGAUUUGGGGGAAAGAAUUAUGUGAUAAAAUAUGAAGGUUCCAUUAAGAGUGAAAGUUAUGAUUGCUUUGUUCUCGAGCACGUUGAGCAUGACAGGCCCGAAGUAUUGAAGAAGGAGAUUGAUAUACUUCAGCUUCAGCUGUAUGGUUACUGUAUGUUCAGGGCACUUGUUAGUCUUCAUAAGCAGGGAGUGUUUCACAGAGACAUCAAGCCUGGAAACUUUCUAUUCUCACGCAAAACGCGCAAAGGGUAUCUGAUUGACUUCAAUCUUGCUAAGGAUAUGAAUCAGAAGCAUGGGAAUAUAGAGAAAUCACAACCUUCCAGUGUGACAGCUGCUCAACAAAUUCCUUCACCACAUUUUAAGUCUACUUCCCUCAACAAGCAGAAGAAGAUUCUGGACGGAAAAUCCUUUGAACCGUUAAAGGCAGGGGCAACAAGUGGCUCCAAUCGUGCCCUCGAGACCAAUGUGGCACCAAAGAAGAAGGAUCUGGAAAAAUUAAAGGCCUAUGUAGACAUAGGUCGUUGCAAUUCCUUAACAAGCCAAGGUGCAGAUGGGUCCGGCGUAACUUCUACAAGAGACAUGACAAGCACACGAGCUCCUUCAGCAGAAAGAUUGAGGAAACCCCAGCCCCUUUUUUGUAAAGGUCGAAAGGAGCUGAUCAGCCUGGCCCGAAAAGCAAUGGAAAGCCCGAAUCUUGGAGGUGCAAGAGCUCCAGCUUCUAACCGUAAAAGGGUUGCUGCUUCACCUGGAACCACAGAUAGAAAUGUCAUUUAUCCUUCUCCAACUCCCUUUCACUCUUUUGGUGUUGCCAUUUCCGGGGCUGGAUCACUGAAGAAUAGAGGAGAAGUUAAGCCAGUUAAUAAAGAUGGCCCAUCUGCUGGAACAAAAGGGUUUCGUGCUCCUGAGGUCUUGCUCCGGUCUUUGCACCAAGGUCCCAAGGUGGAUGUUUGGUCAGCUGGUGUUACCUUACUUUACUUACUAAGUGGACGAAUGCCCUUUAAUGGUGACCCAGAACAAAACAUGAAAGAAAUAGUGAACAUGAAGGGAAACGAAGAGCUGUGGGAAGUAGCCAAGUUACACAACCGCGAAUCUUCCUUUCCAGUGGAACUUUUGGAUGUACGAUACAUACAGUCAAUGACAGUUAAAGAUUGGUAUAAGACAAACACGAAGAGACAAGACCUUCUCGAGGUUAUCCCUGAUUCACUCUUUGAUCUACUUGAGAAGUGCUUAUCUGUGAAUCCGAGAUUGAGGAUCACUGCAGAAGAAGCUCUGAAUCACGAGUUCUUUGCUAGAGUUUCAGGCCAUAAAAAAAGAUUACUGAGACAAGAUCCAAGUCAGGAUUCUAAAAGCAACUCAUUGUUGCCUUUGUUAUGUGAACCUGUAAAACCUUCCAAAGAGAAUUUAAUCACUCCUGUAAAUUUAUGAAGUAGAUUCUCAUUGUAAGGUUCGGUUGUACAGUAAUCCGUUUACCCAAAGUAGAUUAUAUGGGUGACUGAUUCAUUAUAGAAAGAAAACCACACUAGGCGAAAGGUUUUGUUCGUAUAUUCAUGACCAUUCCUUUCUGGGUAACGGAGAUACCUCGACAGACCUGGUGGGGGACUUGAUCGCGUGACCUCUUCGAGCCAGGAGCCAACUGUCAUUGCUCAAUGGUCAAUAUAUGCAGCACUUGGAUGCAGAGACUUGUUUUGGCACAAGGUUAUAACCCAAAGGAAUGAUGAGGGGAAAUGUGUUUGGUAUGAAAUUCCCCAAGAAAAUGUCAGCUGUCAAGGUAAUGCAUCUUCAUUACAAAUACUUGGUCUGUUCAUUCUUUGUUAAUUUUCACCACAAAUUCAUAAGAACCACAUUUGAUGAUGCGUGAUUUGUGUGGUAAUGAAAAUUAAUGGGGUAACCAAGCGUUAAGGUGUUCCAUUUCCAGUUGUCAGGUUUAGCAAUUGAAAUCAGGGAUUCUUCCCCAACUCUACAAGAGGGUUAUCGUGAGAAUAUGAGGGCUUUUUGAUACUGGUGGAUUCAGAAAUCAGAACAUCGGGUUGUAAAUUUGUGUUGAAUAUGAUAGAUAAAUCCAGCCCAGUUUUUAUUAAAGAUGGCUGUGAGACGGGCUGACCAAGGACUGUCAAAGGACCAACUCAACCAAAAGCUUAAGCUGAUGGUUGAAGCCCAAUAUUAGUUUUAUACUCUAUCACGCCCCCUCACAUGAAAGUGUGGAUGCAGCAUAGGCCUCCUCAUACCUAGCGUGAAAUAUUCCACUUUGAAAGGAGGGGUGGAUGAGAUUCGAAACCUGUGACCUUUGCGUCACGUUGACUCUGAUACCAUGUCAAAGGACCAACUCAACCAAAAGCUUAAGCUUAUGGUUGAAGCCAAUAUUAGUUUUAUACUCUAUCAAAGACCAACCCAGCUUGGCACUAAAAAGCUCAGCCUGACCCUCGCACAUAGCCACGGGCCAGGCUUAGGCUGCAUAUUUUUGGAAAAACACAAGGUGCGACACGGCAAAUCAUGCUAAAUUUGGCAAAAUUAGGUUUAGACACGACGGCUAGACCAGCCACGAGGACACAAGGGAUGGGCCUGAACCCUUAUUAAAGUUAUCGGUCCGGCAAUGCCCUUGCCUGUUUAGGCCCACAGCUAUGGGCUUGACCUGGAGCCCAUCUUUUUGUUUUUGCCAGAAACACGGCCAUCUUUACUCUCAUACAAUGAUGAUUGAUGCUGUGCAGACUCCAUACUGCUCGCCGCAAUGGCUGUAUUAUUUUAUGAAAUUAUGAACAAGUAUUAUGAAAUUAGAAGAUACCAUCUA